AUGUCCUUUGUAGGCGCCCUGCUCUCAGACCCCUCCAUCCCCCUCUCUGUCCGCCAGGCUGCUCUCGCCCGAGCCGUGACUGACCCUGGCAUUCCUGAUCCCCGCAACUCCACGAAGAGCUUCUGGCUCAAAGAUCCCCAUCCCAAGCUCGCACGGCUUCAGUCAAACACGCUCCCGUCUGAGGCGGAGGUGGUCAUCAUUGGCUCGGGCAUAUCGGGCACUUCGAUCGCCAAGACCAUCCUGGAAGCACAGGCCACGAGCAAAAGCAAAGGCAAAAGCAGGAUCCCCAAGGUUGUCAUCCUAGAAGCCAGAGAUGUCUGCAGCGGUGCCACCGGUCGUAAUGGCGGUCACUUGCUGGAGACCGCGGACGAGUUCGGCGAAUAUGUCGAUCGCUUCGGAUUGGAAGCCGCUCGCAAGCUAAUGCGGUUUCGUCUCGCCCAUCUGCCGGAAAUCCUCGCGGUGGUAGACCAGCUGGGGCUCACGGCGGAGACGCAGGCGCGCAAGGUGCAGUUUCUCAGUGCGUAUUUUGACGAUGAGACUUGGAAGGAGGCAUUGGAGAGACUCGCCCGCUUCAAGGAAGGCUUGCCGGCCGAGUCUGCAGAAUGGGUGGCCUACGAGGGGGACAAGAUCCCAAAGAAAUUCCUCAUCCCCACUGCCAAAGGCAUCGUCGCCGGUCCUGCAGGCGCGAUAUGGCCGUAUAAACUUGUCACGGCCCUCCUGGAUAGGCUCACGCGCGAGUAUCCCAACGAGUUCCUCAUCGAAACCAACACCCCGGUCACUGCGAUUUCCAGAAACGAUGGCAGUGGCGGCAGCAAACUCAAGUACGCAAUCACCACCUCGCGCGGCACCAUCCAUGCCAAACACAUCAUCCACUCCACCAAUGCCCACGCUGCACAUCUCCUCCCGGGUCUCCGAGGCCGAAUCUAUCCUAUCCGCGGCCAAAUGUCGGCGCAGGCCCCAGGACAAAAGUUCCCGGACCAUUCCCGGCAGCAUUCCUGGCUGUUCACCUACGAGCGCGGGUUCGACUACCUAACGCAACUGCCCAAGGGGCCGUCAUCGAACAACGAAAUGAUGUUCGGCGGCGGCUUUGCGCAGGGGAAAGGCAGCGGAAUCGAUGAUCUCGGCAUCGCGACAGACUCGGAGCUGAGCCUGUACUGCGAUAUCCACCUCUCCGGAGCGAUGAGCGCCGUGUUCUCGCGGGAGAACUGGGGCGCCGUGCCCAGCGACAGCCCCGCCGUCAAGAUGAUGUGGACGGGGAAUAUGGGGUUCAGCGCCGACGGGCUUCCGUGGGUUGGGAAAGUCGGCGCGUCUGUGACGGGGCGAGGUGAAGAUGCUCGCAAUGCCCAAGCUGGCGCAGAGUGGAUAUCAGCUGCCUUCUCCGGCGAAGGUAUGGUCCAUGCCUGGCUCUGCGGGAAGGCUGUGGCCAGGAUGCUCCUGGCGGACGAAGGGGUGGUUUCCCCUGAAGAGCUUGCCAAGGACCGGUCGUGGUUCCCAGAGCAGAUGCUCGUCACGGAGAAGCGGGUUAGGGAGGCUGUCCUUCCGGGGGUGGAAAAGAGUAUCACUGCGAAGAUAUAG